AUGGCAUAUGAAUCAAUACUUAGAGUUAAAAUCGCGGAAAUCAUAGCAACAAACGUUGUAAAUGGGAAUUUUCUCCAAGGAUUUUCAGGCAAGCAAUCAGAAAUAAGACAAUCGAACGAGUCAGAUAAAAAUGGACAUGUACAUGGAGAAGUUUUCAAAUGUGAUGAUAAAGGCUCACAAUUGAUUAGGUAUAGGGUUGUGGCUCAUGUUUUGGAGCUAGGAAUAAUUGUGCACUCAAUAGUGAUAGGAUUAUCCAUGGGUGCAUCUGAUAAUCCAUGUACAAUUAGGCCAUUAGUAGCUGCUAUAUGUUUCCAUCAACUUUUUGAAGGAAUGGGGUUAGGAGGUUGCAUCCUCCAGGCGGACUAUGGUAUGAGGAUGAAAUCAACAUUGGUGUUGUUUUUUUCAAUAACAACACCAUUUGGUAUAGCACUUGGAAUUGGAUUAUCAAAUGUGUAUAGUGAGAAUGGUCCAACAUCACUUAUAGUUGUGGGAUUGUUGAAUGCAUGUUCAGCUGGUUUAUUGAAUUAUAUGGCACUUGUGGAUCUCCUUGCAUAUGAUUUUAUGGGUACCAAAUUGCAAAAUAAUAUAAAGCUUCAAUCAUGGGCUUAUCUUGCUGUUUUAUUAGGUGCUGGUGGAAUGUCUAUUAUGGCUAUAUGGGCCUAA